AUGCAUAUACAUUUGCUACCAUUGUGGUUCUUUAUUAUACAGAUUAUUCCUGUUUUAGGAUUUACAGAUUAUUUACUGAAAACAUGUGCACAAUCAGGAUUUUGCAAUAGACAUCGUUUUUAUGAAGCUAAUAUUAAAGAGAGUAAGAACAGGUACUAUUCAGUCGAUAAAUCUUCAAUUGAAUACUACAAAGAAGAAAACACACAUAAAUAUGUAUUCAAAGCAUCAAUAAUAAAAACUAUUCCCAGACCUGAUGUUAACGAUAUUAAAGUCGAACUGCCGUUUACGUUGUCGUUUUUUGAAGAUUUAACAAGUUUAAGGUUUACUAUUGACGAAAUAAGAACUAAUAGGCUAACCGAAUUAUUACCAGAUUUUUUGAACACAUAUAGAUAUAAUGAAACUUGGAAAUGGGCAUUUGAUAGUGAAUUCAAUUUAUAUAAUUCAGAAUUAACUUAUAAGGAAUCGAAUUGGUUAUCAAAUGAUAUAAUUACGAUAUUUAACGAAGAUGAAUCAUUAAAAGUGGAGUUAUAUACAAAUUCUUUUUUAUUAAAGGUUUAUUAUGAUAAUAAGUUAUCAAUUGUCAUUAAUGAGGAACAGUUGCUUAAUAUAGAACAUUUAAGAUCAAAGGAGGAAAAUUUCCAACAACUGUUGCCUGAAGAAUCGUCAUUCAAUAUGUUUGGUGAUAACUUUGAGUACUCUAAAGCAGAUAGCUUGAGGUUUGGUCCUGAAUCAGUCGGUUUAGAUUUUUCGUUUAUUGGCUACAAAAAUGUUUUUGGAAUUCCUGAACAUGCUGAUAGUUUAAGGUUAAAAGAUACCAGUAAAACUGAACCAUAUCGUUUAUUUAAUGUCGAUGUCUUUGAAUACAAUGUAGAUUCAAAAAUGCCUACGUAUGGUACUAUACCAUUAAUGAUUGCUGCAAAUCCAACAUCAUCCAUUGGUGUUUUUUGGGUAAAUGCUGCCGAUACUUGGGUUGACAUAAAUUAUAAAGAAGAUAAAAUAAGUUCCCACUGGAUAUCAGAAAAUGGUAUUGUCGAUGUUGUAUUAUUAUUUUCGAAAUCUGUAGCUGGUAUUACUGAGCAAUUUACAACAUUGACUGGAAAACCCCAACUACCCUUACUAUCAGCUAUCGGUUAUCAUCAAUGUAGAUGGAAUUAUAAUGAUGAAGCAGAUGUUCUUAAUGUUGACUCAGAGAUGGACAAAGCACAUAUACCUUAUGACUUUAUUUGGUUAGAUAUAGAAUAUGCUGACAGUAGACAAUAUUUUACAUGGAAACCAAAUUCAUUUGCAACUCCUAAAAAGAUGUUAAAAAAAUUGGAGAACUUAGGGAGGCAGUUGGUUGUAUUGCUCGAUCCUCAUUUAAAAGUUGACUAUUUUGCUAGUGAUAAAUGUAUUGAAAACGGUGUUGCCAUUAAUGACAAAAACAACAAACCUUAUAUUGGUCAUUGUUGGCCUGGGAAAGCAAUUUGGAUUGAUGCUCUUAAUCCACUGGGGAAAAAGAUUUGGGAUGGUCUAGUGACAGUUUUUGUUGAUAAGGUAAAAAAUUUACACAUGUGGAAUGAUAUGAAUGAGCCAUCAAUUUUUGAUGGUCCUGAAACUACUGCUCCAAAGGAUUUAAUUCACUUUGGCGGAUGGGAACAUCGUUCAGUUCAUAAUAUAUAUGGAUUAAGUGUUCACGAGUCAACUUAUGAGUCAUUAAAAUCUCUUAAAUCAGAUAGAGACCAGAGACCAUUUUUGCUAACUAGAGCUUAUUAUGCUGGUUCUCAAAGAUCUGCUGCUGUUUGGACAGGUGACAAUGUUGCUAAUUGGGAUUAUUUAAGAAUAUCAAUCCCAAUGGUUCUGACUAAUAAUAUAGUCGGCUUCCCGUUUAUUGGUGCAGAUGUUGCUGGGUUUUCUGGAAAUCCUGAGCCUGAACUGCUUGUACGUUGGUAUCAAGCUGGUAUCUGGUAUCCAUUUUUCAGAGCUCAUGCUCAUAUAGAUUCAAAAAGACGUGAGCCUUAUUUAUUUGAUGAACCAAUUAAAUCUAUUGUUCGUGAUCUUAUAGUUUUAAGGUAUGCUUUAUUACCUACAUUGUAUACGUCCUUUUACAAUUCAUACAUUUCUGGUAGUCCAAUAAUGAAGCCUAUGUUUUAUGAGAAGCCAGAAUUUGAAGAAUUUUAUGAUGUGGAUGAUCAAUUUUACAUUGGGGAUUCUGGUUUGCUUACGAAGCCAGUAGUAGCACCUGAACAGACAACAGUAGAUAUGAAGUUCGCUCCAGGAAUAUAUUAUGAUUAUUUCACAUUAGAUCACUUUGUUAUUAAAGGUAACUCUGUAAUAGAGAAAACAAUCGAAACUCCACUUGAAAAAAGUGCUGUUUUUAUCGAAGGUGGUCAUAUAUUGACAAGAAAAGACAGAUAUAGAAGAUCAUCUCAAUUAACGAAAUAUGAUGCAUACACGCUAUUAAUUUCUCCAAACUUGAAUGGAUUUGCCAAUGGAAUUUUGUAUGUGGAUGAUGGUAUAUCAUUUGAAUAUCAGAAUGGACAGUACGUUGUGUCCAAUUUUACUUUCCAAGAUAAUAAAAUAACAAAUAAAGUUAUUCAUUCACCAGAUGAACUAGCUUAUGAUGGUAACAUGUCAAUUUCGAAAAUUAUAAUACCAAUUGGUUCUGGAAAGGUGAAAUAUAGUAACGUUGCAACAGUUAAAAUGAAUUCCAAUAAAAUUGUGGUUAAUGUCAGCAUAUCUGAUGAUAAAAAAUCUAUAAUAAUCAAUAACCCUUCAUUGUCAAUUGAUACAGAUUGGGAAUUGAUUUUAUGA